GGCGGUCUGCUUAACAAUUUCCAACUCAGGUUCCAGAGUAAUGUAACAUGACUGGCCUCACAAACUUCGAGUCAGUUCUCAACUUCGCAAACUACCGGCGUUAAGAAGAUCAUGCAUGAAGCGUAAAUGGCAGUUGCUUAAGGACCCUGGUCUCGAAGGAUUCAUGUACAUCCGAUCCAUGGCAAUUCGGGUCCUCUCGGCAUUUAUACGCCCCUUACUCAUGGUAACGGGGUUGCUUACACGACACGGCGUGCGUCGCUAAUACGAAAAAGUGAUCGACGAGAUAGAUAGACGAAGAGUGCACGAGUCAAUUGCAGCCCUGUUGAAGGAUCCGAACGAGUCGAUAACUGUUGUAGGAGGAAUGUCAUUGGCCGCAUUUACGGAUUUCCAUAUUCGACAUCAAUUAGCAUCCAAAUCAUCAUCUCCGUUCUUGUCUUUCCCUUCUAUCUCCGGGCUGCUAAUCAUAGCUCCCACCAAUCAUCACCUCAUUCCGACCUCGCAUGAUCCCCCGCAGUGUCAAAUAAUUUUUAGCUCCUGAACCACCCAGUGACAAGAGGUCACUCUAUCACAUCCAUCACAGCGAGUUCGUCGGCCGCCUCAGACCCUGCUCAGCCGCACAGCCUCUCUCCCAAGAGCCCUGAAAUAAGCUGCAGUAGGGCGCGAUGGACCCUGUAUCCCUUGCCGGCUUGGCGCUGGGAGUUGCUUCCAUCAGCCUCCAGGUCUACACUGGAUGUAUUCAAGGGAUACAGCUUCUUGUUACGGCAUUGGGCUAUGAGGAUGAGUGCAAAUAUCUCAAUCUCCGUCUCAGGAUGGAACAGCAGCGCCUGUUUUGCUGGAGUGAAGCUUCUGGCCUGCUUGACCUUGAUGCCAAGAACCAAGACAAGGUUCUCAACUCAAACGUAUUCAAUCUUCACCGCCAGACUGUAAUUGAUCUGCUUGUCCAAAUUCAGUGCCUCUUCAAUGAGUUCACAGAGUACCAGCAGAAGCACAAUAAUCUCUCCGCGGUUGUGGAUAAAGAUGGUGUUUUGGAUGCUCCGGAAAAGGAUGCCAAGCUAUCAAACUAUCCUAUGAGUGAAAAGAAGCGGAACUUCAUCAAGAAAGCAAUGGCUGGACUCAAGUCUAAAUCAUCAGAAAGCCUUACUAGGUUAAGGUGGACUUCAUUUGACAAGCAAGGAUUUGAAAAGUUGCUGGCCAAGUUUUCAGUUCUCAAUGACAACAUGACAAAUAUCCUCGAUCACUCCUUACAGGUCGAGAUUCGCAAUACUGUACAGGACACCAACCGUGGAGUAUUAUUGCUCCAUCACAAGAUAGCCGAUCUGAGUCAUCUUGUGUUAGCUCUCAAGUCUCAGCUCGAUGCAGGUUCCCGGGUUGGACCGUCGCAAAUGUCCAAACUGGAAAGGGAGGCCAAUGCCGACGCUCUGCGGCAAUUGUCAAGAUUAGCCAAGUUCAAGGCCUUCAAUGAGACUAUCGAUCCCAAGUCAGAUAGUCCAGCAGUCUUUGACGAAGCUGCUGCAAAGUUCCUCGAUCUUGCAAAGCCGGGUCAUCAGCGCAAUCUAUUCAUCCCUCGAUACCUCAUAGAGCUAGACCCUGAGGUGGAUGAAUCAGAUGCUCCACGGUGUGAGGCUUUCAUGAAGACAGCAGAAGGCAAGAAGAAGGUUUGGAUUGAGUGGAAGGACUAUGACAAUACAGAUACCCAACCAGGUUCGCUAUCAAAGACCGAUAUCAUUGAGAGAGUCCGAAAACUUGCUGCUUUGCUGAACCAUAGUCCCAAGCCCGAGGCCUUUCGCACUCCUCACUGUCUGGGGUUCUUCGAUAAAGCUGAUCCCAACAUCCCCGAGGAUGACGUUGAUAUUCUAGAUCGAAGACUCGGCCUCAUCUUCGAGCGGCCAUCCGACGAUAAUCUACAGACCUCACUCCCACCUGUUUCGCUCCGUGAGCUUCUUCAAGACCCAAAGGUCCGCAAGCCUCGUGUUACAGAACGAGUAUACUUGGCACACGCUAUCAGCAAUUGUCUCCUCUACCUUCAUGCUGUACACUGGCUACACAAGGGUCUUCGCAGUCAUAAUGUGUUAUUCUUCCGGACACGUGAUGGCCACGUAGACUACCGCCAACCAUGUCUCUCAGGCUUCGAUUUUUCACGACCUGGGGGAUCAGAUGAGAUGACUGAUGCCCCAGGAGAUGACGCAGAGCAUGAUCUAUACCGACAUCCCAACGCCCAAUCAAACCGUCGGCGAGAUAGAGAGCGUUCGAAGAAGAGCUUCGACAUUUAUAGCCUGGGUGUCAUUCUGGUCGAAUUAGCACAUUGGCGGCCGGUUGAGGACGUGCUAAGUAUCGAUAUACGGCGUGCGCGCGGGAGACCUGAUGUUGUGCGUGGUGUUCGAGAGGCUCUACUAGAGGAAGACCGAGUCGCAGCAUUAGGUGCUGACAUGGGAGAGCGAUUUGAAGAUGCAACACGGAAGUGUUUGGCUGGAGGCAAGGAUUUGGGACUAAAUGAUGGAGAUGAUGAGACACGAGAUGAAGUUGCUGAAAAGUUAUCUAUGAAAUUUUAUGAGGACGUGGUAAAGCGAUUGGAGGGCGUGGUCGUGUAGAGCGGGUAUGGUUUAGGGACUCGCGUUUAGACUUGUCAUGACUGAACGAAGCGAUGAGAGAAUGGCCGUAAAUUAAAUAUUCGAACGAGGUAUUAUUUGAAGACAAAGCUAUCAAAAUCGUCGUAUCAUUAGCCAAAGAUGGUAUCCCUUUACAUUGUCCUCCCAGUAAAUCGUGCCUGAACGCCAGAGCUUUACUCUAUGAUAUCCUUGCCCAUUGAAAUUGUUUAACAGCAGCAGUCUAGGCAUUCGAAACAGCAAAGACCGGCGCAGAUACCACAACAGAUAGCCUUCAAGAUGUUAGUAAAUAUUGCAGAGUCGAAUGAAGAAUUGGUUUUUCUUACACCACCGUCUUUGCCUCCUCGCAUGCUCAUUUCAGGCUGUUCCAUUGUCAUGGGUUGAACUGGGCGCUGUUGAAAACGGGUUAGUCAAUCAUGAUUCACGAUGUUUGAAAUUCAAUGCAUGGCUGUCGUGUCUCGGCGAUUGGGAAGACUUGGUAGAAGCCAAGCCGGAGGUUCGUGGGUGACAUACCGGCUGUUCGGUGCUGGUUCGUUCGGUAGGGAACGCUGCGGGGGCCGGUUCGCGGGGCAUUUGCAUGGCCGAAGAAGUAGUAGAAGGCAUAUCGACUGUUGUAAUCAAGAGUAUACGACUGGAUUGAUUGGCGUAUAUAAGAAUAGAGGUUUAUAGACAAGCAGUUGAUGUUCUAUAUCACGGUGGGUUGAAAAAAGAAGGAUGAAAAUCAGGCCAGGACAAAGAGCGCAACGUUGUUGUUAUAAGGCUCUCGC